AAGAAAAGCAAUGACUAUGGACUGGAAACAUAUGUUACGAAUAAGAAUCAAAGAAUCUUUUCCGCGGUUUUACGAAAUUCUCGGUAAUAUUCUACCGCACACCGAAAUCGUCAAAUUCUUUACACGCGUUAUCAUGGAGACCAUGGAUUACAGAGAAACCAAUAAUAUCAGUAGGAACGAUUUCAUUGAUAUGUUGCGUGAAUUAAAGAAGCAUCCAGAUAAAUUGGGCGAUAUUAAUUUAACUGAUAAUUUAAUAGCUUCUCAAGCGUUUGCAUUUUUCAUUGCUGGCUUUGAAACUUCGUCGACGACAAUUAGUCACGCACUUUAUGAGUUAGCGUUAAAUCAAAACGUACAAGACAAGCUCCGUGAAGAAAUUGACGAGGUCUAUACAAAGCAUAGCGGAGAUUUAAUACACGACAAUAUCAAAGCGAUGGAUUAUUUAGAUAAAGUUUUCAAAGGUACGUUGUUUGAGGAGAAUAUCAAGUAAGAAAGAAAUACACUAUUGUCUU